GAUUUCAAAACUGUGUCUGGGCACCAUGGAGCUUUUAGGUUCUACUCUAAUGGCCACUUAUGCCCACCCUAAAUCAACACCAACCAGCUUUCUACCAGCCAUUGGUACCAUGACAUCAAGCUAUCGGGACCGCUUUCCCCAUUACAACCUGAUGCACAGUUUGAGCCUUCCAUGGAGACCAAACACAUGCUACAAAGCAGCCUCCAACUACCCCACCUUGGACCCAUACUGUACAAGAUCUCAGAGGAUGUGUGAGAGUACCAUGCUUCCCUUUGUAUCCAACAGAACCACCCUCUUCACAAGGUAUACGCCUGAUGAUUGGUACCGGUCCAAUUUAACCAGUUACCUGGAGUCUAAUACCUCACGGCAUAAUUCAGAGAGACUCCGAAUGGACACUUCUCGCCUCAUUCAAGACAAAUACCAACAAAUCCGGAAGACCCAGGCAGACUCCACCCAAAAUUUGGGAGAACGCAUCAAUGACAUAGGGUUCUGGAAAUCUGAAAUCACUCAUGAGUUGGAUGAAAUGAUCGGAGAGACAAACGCACUUACUGAUCUUAAGAAAAGGUUAGAGAGGGCUUUGAUAGAGACUGAAGCCCCUCUGCAGGUUGCCAGAGAAUGUCUCUUUCAACGAGAGAAGAGAAUGGGAAUCGACCUCGUUCAUGAUGAAGUUGAAACCGAAUUACUGACGGAAGUUGAUGUUAUUCUGUGUUGUCAAGAAAGAAUGAAGCAACAUUUGGAUAAGGCUAUUGCCCAACUUGCCUCUGAUAGAACUGCUCAGCAUGAGCUGGAGAAAGACUUGAAUGACAAGCAGGCAGCCUACCGGAUCGACGACAAAUGCCACCACCUGCGUAACACUUCUGAAGGCAUCAACUACUUCCGAGGAGUGGAGAGAGUUGAUGCCACGGUGUCAGUACCUGAAUCAUGGGCCAAGUUCACAGAUGACAAUAUUCUCCGCUCCCAGAGUGAACGAGCGGCCUCUGCCAAGCUGAGAGACGAUAUUGAGAAUCUUCUGGUUGUGACAGCCAAUGAGAUGUGGAAUCAGUUCAACAAAGUGAACUUGGCUUUCACAAAUCGCAUUGCUGAGACUGCGGAUGCUAAGAACAAAAUCCAAAUCCACUUAUCCAAGACCCUGCAGGAGAUCUUCCAGACCGAAAUGACCAUAGAAUCCAUCAAAAAGGCCAUCAAGGAAAAGUCUGCCUUCCUGAAGGUGGCCCAGACCCGGCUGGAUGAGCGAACAAGGAGACCAAACAUAGAGCUGUGCCGGGACAUGGCUCAAUUACGGCUUGUUAACGAGGUCUAUGAGGUGGACGAUACCAUCCAGACUUUGCAGCAGCGCCUGAGGGAUGCAGAGGACACCCUGCAGUCGCUGGUCCACACCAAGGCUGCCCUGGAGCACAGCCUGGCUGUCAAAGCCAACACCCUGUACAUCGACCAGGAAAAAUGCAUGAGCAUGCGCAAGAGCUUCCCCAACACCCUCCGGCUGGUCGGCUUCUGUUAGGGAUCCCAGUGAGAGUGGCUUACAAACUGCCAAGGAGGGGUAGAAGCAGAGCACUAUCUCAGC